UGAAAAAUGGUUGUUCUAUGUUCCUGUCUGCUUGUGAACAAUUACUGUACAACAAAGAGCCAGUCAGAGCAUCUUUCAGUUCCAUCUGUUUGCAGCAAGUACCCUGUGGGAGCAGCUCCAUGCCCACCACCCUCUGGGGCACAGCCUUCUACUCCCCGCACCUGACCGUCCCCUGUCUGUCACUGUCAGCAGAGAGCACAGCUCUGCUCUACCCCUCCUCUCCCCGUGAGAAGCUGCAGCCCACCAAGGGGCCUCCCCUCAGCAUCUGGGUGGAACAAACCAAGGGACCUCAGCUGCUCCACGUUUCUCGCUUUUCAGACCCUUCCCCAUCUUCCUUGCCCUCCUGUGGAUGCUCUCCAGUAGUGGGGUUUUUUUUAAUCUAUUUCCCCUCCUCUCAUGCCAACAGGUCUAGUUUGUUGUGUAACAAAAAAGCAUGGCAUGUGCACCGGCCAUAAAGGAUAUUGGGUAUUCUGAAGUCCAACUCUUCAGGCUGUCGCAUGUCUCACAGGGAACUGUCAUCAAAAUUCUCCUUCAGUUGUGUGUGUGUAAGGGCUGCUGGUAUUCUUCUGAUGCUUGAUGUGUGUCUGAAGCACAGUCCUUCCCAAAUCCACCCCCACCUCCAAGCAUUUCAGGCUGCUUUUUCUUUGCCAAGAGGUGCCAGGAUUGUUUCAAUGAAGACAUCUGAAUAUCUCAGUAAGAAUUGAAGAAAGUCUUUCAGAUGCAAUUGGCUCUGGGUAACUCUUCAUUAGUCGUGUACUCUCUGCUAAAAGACAGCUUUGAAACUAGAGCAGGUUUCUCACGGCUUCUUCACUCAGGGCUGUUGAUGCGAUGUUCGCUGUUUCUAAGCAUCUUCUGCGUGAGAGUUUUGUUUGAGGAGAUCUUUGUUCACCCUCUGAUCCGUUUUGUCAUUGCAGAUUUUCUCUACAUCCCUGCCUCUUUCUUUUUAAGGAAGAUGCACAUAACAAAACUGAAGCAUUUUGAAGAGGGCUCACACUAGGCAGUCAGUCUAGAAAAGCAGAGAUGGAAUAAACUGUGGUUGAACUUUUACAGAGAGCUACGACAGAAUCUGUGACAGCGGUCUCGAAAUCCCAGAAAGAGUAGAGAAGGUGAAAGGGGAACUGAUAUGCGCUGUUUCUUCCACUACCUGACCGAUAACAAACACCCUAAUGAGGAAGCAGCAAGCUUAAACAAACAAAGGAGAGUAGUGUUUCGUACCACACACCAAAAACCUCACCAGGAUCAACACCAGCAGGAUGUUGGGGUUUUUUUGCACACAAAACCUAUAAAUGAACUUUAAAAGGAUGGUUAAUGAGAGAGACAUAGUGACUGCUGGAAUUGGUAGAAUUAUGAAUAGGUAUUCGCUGAUUCCUCCAAAUGGGGGUACUUACUGUGCUCUUGCCAGUGUACAGGCUUGACACUCAACUCUGUACUUCAGCAUUAUUUUCUCCAGGGAAAUAUCUCUUUUUUUCCUUCACCUUUGCAAGAGGCUGAACUUACUGUUCUGCCAGUGGACUUCAACCUCUGGACUCAAGUAAGCUUGAAUCUGUUGCAAGGUGUUUGUGUGUUGCUUACAAUCCAGUGGCACAACCUUUACACUGUUAUGCACGUGCUGUUAGCCUUAAGGUUUUAUCUGUUUCUGCUUGCUUGUUUGUUUGUUUGCUUAAUCUCUUCUAUGUUGCUUUACUGCAUUAUGUUAUUAGUGUUAGAUUGUUAGUUAUUAGUGUUUCCUGUGCAGGUAGAUACGUGUUUGGCAGAAAUGUCAGCAGGGCUGAAAGACCACGUAGAAUUGACCAUACCUCAAAUUUGCCAGUUCCCUGGGUGUCAGAAUUCUUCUUGCUGUCUAGAGAGUGACGUAUGAAGAUUCACUUUACACUUAACAUUCCAGCUAGAGAGCUUUGGUAAAUCUGCAGACUUUUGUCCUUCACCUUUUCCCUUUCUGUGAAAUCUGCUUGAUGAGAUCAGGUUGGUGAGGCCCCUCUUUGAAGCACAAACUGUAGACAGCCACUCUUCUAGGUUUAUCUUGAAAGUUUUCAUGUGCUUUUGCACGUUCUUCCUAUCUGCUGUGAAACAGACCCUCAGUCAUUCACUCACUUAUCCACUUAGUAUUCCCUGUCUGUCCACUGUGUUAGUUGCUACAGCUUCAGCCCAGUUUCUCCGGAGUGUUUAAGCACUUCAAUCCCACUCAAAUCAACCAGAUCUGGAUGUCUAAGCAAGUCCUCAGGGUGGAACUCCUCAACAUUAGAUCAAGUCAGCCAUGGUGUUAUACAGGCAGACUGUCUACACCUCAGGGGUAAAAAGCACUGAAACAUCUUCCAAAUCUCAGUAGAAUUAUAGAAUUGCUUGAGUUGGAAGGGAUCCUUACAGGUCGUUUAGUCCAACCCCCCUGCUGAAUCUCUCCAACUGCCAUUUGCAGCCAUUACUUGACCUUAUGCCAUGAGUGCUAUCAAGAAAAGUUUGACUCCACCAUAACUGUUGAUCCGUCUAAAGCAGUUGCAGGCUACUGCAGAGUGUGACAGAGAACAGGACUUCCAAGAUCGUGAUUUUAUGCUGUUGUUUUGUUUUGUUUUGUUUUUCUCCUCAAAAGUCUUAGCACAGCACCUGCAGAAGCAGCUCAAAAGCUUUGUCCUCCCUUUCUUCUAGUAAUCAGAGGACAGAAGUGGAAAAUUCCCACUGUCUCAUACCACAGCUAGGUCUUCUUAACUUUGUUUGAAAGUAGCUAUUUUCAAGAAAUCUCAAAACAUUUUGGCCCAAACCUCCAAUUUUCUAACUCUAACGUGCCCCCUUGAUCAAGGACUGCCUUUUCUGAUGCAUCGUUUCUUUCACAAAGAAGUUUGUCCUGAGCCGCUCUCUUAUGAACUCCUAUGAUCCCUCGUAAACAAGGACAGCUUAUUCUGCUUUGUCGUGGCUGAUGUAAAAAAGCUUUGGUUAAUAUGUUGCUCAAACUUUGGUGACACCACGGCUAGGCUUGCGGGCUCCUGUUUACUGCUGCCAGCUUGGUAUGUGAACUCUGGACGCUUUUCCUAGCAAAAGCGGAGGGAGGAGGCAAAGCUGAAACAUUUUAUAGAGCUAAAGAUUACAGAUCAAGUUACAAAAUGAGAUACAACUGCUUUUUGCUUUCAUGUACUGUUUGGUAGAAAUGAGAAGUUCUCUUCUCCUGCCAGCAGCCCCAUGCACUUAAGUGGAAAGACCAGAUACACGCUGAGCUUGUUCGCUUCAUUGGUGAAAUACGUUUUCUUGACCCGACCCUUUGAGAAAUAGCUAUGUUUUCACUCAGUCAUGUAUCAGAACUGACCAAUGUGUUCUCAUUUGCUUGUCAGUACCUCUUACGCAAUGAAAAGUUAAUGAACUAUCUUCAGGAUUACAAAUUUGAUGCCGUCAUGAUGAAUCCCCUGUUUCCCUGUGGACCAGUCGUUGCUAAAUUUCUCUAUUCAGUUUAUUUCAUGUGUGGUCUUCAGUGUAGCUUAGACUACAAAGCCACCCUUCAUCCCAGUCCUUCCAUGCUCAGGACUUACAGAUGUACUUAGCCUUCUGCACUAGAAUCACCUCAAGGAUUUCUGCCUGGAAAAGCUUCAAUGAAGAUGUCUAAACUGCACAGUUGUGUCGGGAUAGCUUAGCUUGGCCUAACCACGUCACCAAAAAAUUACACACUCGUGGCACACAUGCUGUAUUUAGAUAAAUGACAGAGUAGUUGUAUGUCAGAAGAUUAAAUACCCACAAUAGUUGUGGAAUACUGAUUAGUUGCAGGAGACCUGGAUGGACAAAGGAUGCAAAGGACAGAAACUAUCUCCGUGUAUAAAGCCCAACGCUCAUGGUGUGCCACAGAGAAUGAUUUUGUGGAUGAGUACCCCAGCACUCGGUAGUGUAUGCAAUCAAACACAAUAAAGAGAGCUGCUUUGACUCUGAAUUUCUGUAAGAAGCAGUGUAGGAUGGCACAUGAGAGGAUGAUUUGAAAAAGAUGACUUUACGUUUCUAGCUAUCUACUCUUCCUCCGUAACUUAUUCAAAUCUCCCUAGUGAGCCUUGAGAUAGUAAACUUUGUAAAAAGUGCAGAUGUGGUCAUUUAUUCACUGUUUCACACCACUGUGGUGUUGCAACAGCAGAAGUUAUUGCUAUAUUUGCAUUGCAUUUUCUACUGUAGACCAAAGGCUUUCACUUUGAUAACUGCUGCCGUAUAGAAACAAAUCUGAAGAUAAGCCUUAUCAACCUGCUGCCUAUCAAUCUUUACUUUUUGCUUAUAGUGGUACAAAAUUAUGCAAAGCUCAGAUUUCUGUGACAAGUGUUGUACCAACAAGCUGAACAGAUGUGAAGGCAGGGAGCUCAGCAUUCACAUGAUGUUAACCGCUGGGCACUGACAGUGGCUGCUGGCUCAGGCACUGCCUCCAUUCAUGGCUUUGUUCAGUGUUUCACGUAAGCACAUUGCCCACUGCUGUCCCUCGAGCGCUUGAAUGCUUCAAUGUUGACACCAACGCUCAACUAUAUCUCAUUUGUCCAAAGCCUUCUCUGUGUGUGCAAAUCAUAAAUUCAACCUUCACUUAAAGUUAAAGAUUACCCAUAUUUCUGCUUACGGACCAUUAGGAAUUAACCAUUUACCUUAGCAAAGAUGGAAGAGCAAAGUACAAGUCAUUCUUUCUUGCUUUCGGGAUCUCUGCAUCCACAUAAAGUCUUGCGGACAUUCUACAGAAGGGAAAUGGCCUCUUUGCAUCCAGGAUUUCAUUUUCUUGCCUCCUGGGCUGUGAUUUUCCUACUCCUGAGGACCUCUUCUGAAGGUGGGAAGCUUUUGGUUAUCCCUAUUGAUGGCAGUCACUGGCUCAGCAUGCGCCAGGUUGUGGAGCGGCUCCGACACAGAGGACACGAAAUUGUGGUCAUUGCUCCAGAGAUAAGUUUGCGAAUAGGUGCGUCGAUGCAUUAUACCAUGAAAACAUACCCCGUGUCCUACACCAGGGAGUUGGUGGAGGCAGAAUUUAAAAAGCUUGGCUAUAAGAGUUUCCUACCUCAACCUUUCUUGGAAAAAUUCUCAAAGAUAGCAAAUAUUACAGCAAUGUUUCAUGAUUCCUGCAAGAGGCUUCUUUCCAACAAAGAGCUGAUGAAAUACCUUGAAGAAAGCAUGUUUGACGGUGUCUUUAUGGAUCCUUUUUUUCCCUGUGGACAGAUAGUGGCUGAACAUCUCUCCAUACCUUCUAUGUACCUCGUACGGGGACUGCCGUGCAGCCUGGACUUCCAUGCUACCCUCUGCCCAAAUCCUCCCUCUUACAUUCCCAGGUUCUUCACACAGUACACGGAUCGCAUGGGGUUCUUCCAGCGCCUCGGCAAUCUCCUAGUUAGCCUGAGCAGUACCAUUCAAUAAUUUCAUAAUACUGUAACACUACGGUAACGUCUUCAAUCAGAUGAGGGGAGAGGAGGGUAAGGUAAGUCCUCUCUCUCUGUUGUGCUGCACUGGAAGUACCUCAUUGUGUGCAUGACGAUGCAUCCUGCAAACAAACCUGGGAUGGUGCCUCAGUCAUCACCAGCCUCCCCAUUCCAGACAGACUCUUGAACAUCUCUUUCACAUCCAGUGUUGGCCCAUAGGCCUUCUAGAGAUGAAUGUUCAGAGAAGAGGCCAUGCCCAGAGGAAAGAGAGCAGCUGCUGCUAGGCGCAGUGGUGAUGUGGGCAUCACCCAGAUCUGCUGUGGAUGCAAAAUUUUCACCCUGAGGGAGGCUAUUAGAAGCACAGAGCCACACACAGCCACUCCUGUCUCCCUUUAGAGUCACAUGCCUCUCUUCCUCCAAAGAAAAACAGAUACGGUAUAGCUGGUGGGAGCAGUGGCACCACCCACCCAUGGACUUGGUUGAAGUCUAUUGCUGGCUAUCCAGCCUUUAAUCAAACCAAUGAUUAAACAUUUACCACACAGCAGUCACGUUACUGAAGGAUCACCAUCUACGGCAUAGAGCAGACAGCUCAAAGAGCACAGGGCUGUUGCUGUUGCUUCAGAGCUGCCCGGAGUUUUCUUGCAGUGCAGCUCUGCCACAUUUCUGCAGGAAUGGCCCUGCUGCUUCCUUCUCAUCCACAAGUCUCAGUGUCGCUGCUUCUGCUGCUGUCCGUGCUCAGCUUGGCUGCAGGUGGGAAGCUGCUGGUGGUGUUUGUGGAUGGCAGUCCCUUUUUCAGCGUGCUGGAAAUGUUAGAAAUUCUGAAGCAGAAAGGACAUGAAGUGGUCGUUGUUGCACCUGAAGCCAAUAUAAAUGUAAAGCCAUCAGGGAAUGUUACUGUGAAAACCUACCCAGUUACCUUCCCACAGGAAGAGAUGGAUGACAAUUUCCACAGAUUUAUAACAAAUUCAUUUGAAGAAGGAUCAUUUCUGGAAAGAUUUUUUAGAUUACGUGAAAAUGUGAAAAAAGGUUUUGAUUUAGGUUUCCUAUCCUGUGAACAGUUACUGCACAACGCAGAACUUAUCAGAUAUCUCAAGGAGAGCAACUUUGAUGCUCUCUUAACGGACCCUGUGUUCCUUUGUGGAGCAAUACUGGCCGAGCAUCUUUCCAUCCCUUCUGUGUAUUUCAUGAUAGGAAUACCAUGUGGAUUAGAUUUUGAGGCCACUCAGUGUCCCAGUCCCCCUUCAUAUGUUCCCAGGCUAUUUUCAGACCUUACAGAUCACAUGAACUUCCUCCAGCGUGUGAAGAAUGUCAUCUUUGACACCUCCAAUCUUUUUCUUUGUGACUUUCUUUUUAAACCAUAUGAAAAACUGGCUUCUGAGUUCCUUCAGCAAGAUGUGACUGCACGUGAUCUCUUAGGCAAGGCUUCCGUAUGGCUUCUGAGGUAUGACUUUGUGCUAGAAUAUCCAAGACCAUUGAUGCCCAACAUGAUUGCAGUUGGAGGAAUAAACUGUGCUCACAAGCAGCUCUCCCAGGAAUUCGAAGCCAUUGUAAAUGCUUCUGGGGAACACGGUAUUGUUGUCUUCUCGCUGGGCUCCAUGGUCUCCGAGAUCCCCAUGAAGAAAGCCAUGGAAAUUGCAGAUGCCUUGGGAUCAGUCCCUCAAACGGUUCUGUGGCGAUACACAGGAGAGGCACCCCCCAACCUGCCAAAGAACGUGAAGCUUGUCAAGUGGCUGCCACAGAAUGACCUCCUAGCUCACCCUAAGACUCGUGCCUUCAUUACCCAUGGAGGCUCACACGGUAUUUAUGAGGGCAUAUGCAAUGCAGUGCCAAUGGUGUUAAUGCCUUUAUUUGGAGACCAGAUGGACAAUGCGAAACGAGUGGAGUCACGGGGAGCAGGAUUGACACUGAAUAUACUAGAAAUGACUUCGAAAGACAUAUCCGAUGCCCUGAAAGCAGUUAUCAAUGAUAAAAAGUACAAAGAGAACAUCCAGCGUCUCUCAGAGCUUCACCUUGACAGGCCCAUCCACCCUCUGGACCUGGCUGUGCACUGGGUAGAGUUUGUCAUGAAACACAAAGGGGCCCCACACCUGCGCCCUGCUGCCCAUGACCUGAACUGGAUCCAGUAUCACUCUCUGGACGUCUUUGCCUUCCUCCUGGCUGUGGUCCUCCUCAUCCUCUUCAUUUCUGUGAAGUGCUGCAUGUUCUGCUGCCGCAGGUGCUGCUUUAAGAAGGGGAGAAAAAGCAAAUCAGGGAAAUCAAAGACCCACUAGCAGAUGAAAACACUGAUGGGAGGCGAGACCUCUGCUCCAGACCUCAAGGAUCAGAAAACACCUUAAAUUUCACUAAAAUAAUUACUAGCUUUCAAUCAAGAAAUAAUUUAAUUCCCUUAGACUAACACCAAGUGUUGUUUCAUUGAUAUUUUUUGUCUUUAAUUAAGAAUUAGUUGUUAAAAUAAUUUGUACAGUAGUGCUUCAGUCACUUGGGAAGAUAUCAGUGCGAAGUCCAAGGUGCCUGGCUUCCACUUCUUGAUGUACAGAGGCCUCGUGGUCGCAUUUUUUUUUAACCUCCUUAUGUAAUGGAGAAAUAUGGGCUUUCAUGUGCCUUUGCUCUGAGGGCUCUGUGAGCACCAUUUGCUCUACCGUGUAAGAUGGAACCGCUUUGAAAUCUUUGUACAGCUGUUGCUAUAGAAGAGGCAAAUGUUAUAAUCUGACAUUGUAUGUCACAUAAGCCAAGCUAGCUGCACAUCUUACGUAGGCUUUGUGUGUGUUUACAAUACCUGGGCUCGAGCCACACUUCAGCAUGGAAGUGGUUGUAAAGCCACUGGUGUUUCACCAAGUUUCCCAUCGGGCAGAGAUCCGUCUCUGGAGCUCGCCAGUUGGGCAGUGUGACCUUUGGAAGCAGUUUUUAAAAACUAUCUGAUUGAUGCUCUGUAAAUGAUGUUAAGGGAAAAACCCAACCCUCAGUCCUUCAAAUAAAUCCCCAAUACAGUAA